CAAGCAGGAUCACAGAGCGUCUCUCUCACUCUCUCUUUCUCUGUCUCUGACUCCCUCCUUCAAAAACUCGUCUACGCAGAGAGGUCGGAGAAGAUGCUGAGCAACCGCCCCAAUGUGCGAUGGAUCCUGCUGGGUGCCUUGAUCAGCAUGUGCGGCGCGGAGCCGCUUCAGCUGCCUGGAGGGCAUGCGACCGGGCUGAAGAGCGUCUUGGGAUAUAAGAGUGCGCAUCACCUGCCCAGGUACCCGCUUUACAUGAUGCAGCUGUACCGCACCUUCAGACUGGGCGAGGACAACAGACCGAGAAUCGCCGAGGAGAGUGCGGCGGUGCGGGAGGCGGACUCCGUGCUCAGCCUGCGGGCAAAAAGUUGCUAUCAGAUUGGGGACAAAUGGAGUUUUACUUUUGACAUGUCGUCUAUUUCACCUAAUGAGAUUGUCCAGAUGUCUGAACUGAGGAUCAGGAUUCCCCAAUUUUCCAACUCAAAGAAUGCCACCAUGGAGAUUUUCCACUCUCAGGAACUUAGCUGCUCUGACUCAGGAUGCAAAGACCGUCUUUUCCUGGGCAGCUUUUCCGCAUCACCAAGUCCAAUGGAUUCUUCUUGGAAAGUGUUCAACAUAACCUCGUUGCUGAAGUACUGGCUUCUGCAGAGUGCCAGCAAUCCUGAUAAGUUUCAAGUGCCUCCUCACAAAGACUCUUAUGCAGAGGAAUCCCAGCCGGAUGAUGGCUCAGCGAGGCUACAACUGCUGCAAAAUGGAAAACACAAGGUGUACCACAACACUGAGGACCGGGUCAUGAUGGUCGUCUUCUCCAAACAAUCCAAGUCCAUGAACUCCAGAGGAGCGCCGACUCUCAUCCAAACUGUGGAACACUCAAAAUUUGUAAUUCUGGACAAGGCUGCAUCUGAAGAGCUUUCAGGUCGUCGGCACAAAAGAAACCGCAAACAAAGAGAGAGGGUGAAAGCAGCUGGAGCUGUGGCGGACACUCCACAAUCGGAAGACACUGUCGCCAAACCGUUGUGCAGAAAGGUCGACAUGUGGGUGGACUUUGAACAGAUUGGCUGGAAUGACUGGAUUGUGUACCCCAAGAGAUACAACGCCUUCAGGUGUGAGGGAGAAUGCCCCAGUCCGGUGGAUGAGUCCUUCAAGCCAACCAAUCAUGCCUACAUGCAGAGCUUGCUGAAGCUGUACCAGCCGAACCGAGUGCCAUGCCCAUCUUGCGUGCCCACUAAACUCAGCCCUCUCUCCAUGUUGUACUACGAAAACGGAGAGGUGACUUUGCGGCAUCACGAGGACAUGAUUGUGGAGGAGUGUGGAUGUCAGUGAGAGAAGCAGAAGCAGGACAAAGGAAGGAAGGCCCCAAAAAAGAAAGCAACUCGCAACACUUGAGAACAAAGCACAUAACAUUUGGAGAGAUUAACACAGGAACUGUGUGGUAGACAGCUGCACCUCGCGCUUUGGUCUGCUGCUGUGUUAAUUCAGAACUUUUGUUUUUUUUAUAUAUAAAUAUAUAUACUAGUUUUACUGUAAAGUGUCUUUUUAUACUGAGUAAUGAUUUAAGUUUCAUUGAGUAUAAUGAUUUUGUAAAAAUAUAUAUUUUUGUAAAUAAAUCCAUUUGUACAUAAAAUGUGAAGGGACAACCUAUAUAAAUAAUAUAACGGACCCUAGUAGAAUGUGAAUGUGAAUUGCAGUUGAAUGUGUAAAAUG